AUGGUCUGGGAUUAUGAGACCCACUCGCCACAUGUGGACACCGUUGCUUUGCUCUCAGCUUCAGGGGACGAGGGCUACCUGUGCCGCGUGACGCUGCUGGCCGCCGAGGAGGAGCCGCUCUCCUGGGCCAUGUUCCCCUUCCCGUACCUGGCGCGGGCCGAGCCGGGCGCCCGCAAGGGCUCCCUCGUCUACCGGCUGGUCGCCCGCCACAGCCGYAACGACACCAGCGGCGCGGCCAUCGCUUACGCGCUCGUCGCAGGUGGCGAAGAGCGGUUCCAGGUGGACGUGGAUACGGGUGUCAUCACGACCACGGGCUUGCCUUUGACGCGGAACAAGGAGUACGUGCUCACCGUGCAAGCCACGGAUGAGCAGGGCAGCAAAAGCCCCUACGCCUCCAUCUCCAUCCUGGCAGGCGCCCGGCCGCCCCAGUUCACCAACAUGUCCUACCGCGUGUUCGUCCCCGAGAACACGCCGGCCGGAGAAACAGUGGCCGUGGUCGARGCCGUCUCCUUCCAGAGCCAGCCGCUGUCGUACGCGCUGCUGCUGAACCCGGGCGGGCUGUUCCGCGUGGCRCCGGCGAGCGGGGAGCUCAGCCUGGGCCGCGCCGCCGACUUCGAGAGCCAGCACCGCCGCUACCGCCUGCUGCUGGAGGCGGCCGAGGCCGCCAGCGCCCUGAGCAGCGUCACUGAGGUCCUGGUCCACGUCACUGAUGAAAACGACUGCUCUCCCGAGUUCCAGCACUCCAUCUACAGCAGAGACAAYGUUCCUGAAACGAUUCCUGUGGGCACUUCCAUCCUGCAAGUGUUCGCCACGGACGGCGACUCUGGCUCCAACGCUGAGAUCAUCUACUUCCUUCAGAGCGCCCAUUUCUCCAUCACGCGGCAGGGCGUCAUCAGCUCUGCCCAGAGGCUGGACUUUGAGCGAGCCAACCACAUGUAUGAGUUUGUGGUGAUAGCAGUGGACAAGGGCCACCCCCCUCGCACAGGAACCGCUUCGGUGCGAGUUCGAAUGGCCAACGUGAACGACGAGGCUCCCGUGUUCUCCCAGGCUGUUUACAGAACUUUCCUUUCGGAAGAUGCUGGUCCCGGUGCCUUAGUGGCUACUGUUCGGGCAAAGGACCCUGAUGGAGACGGGGUGUCUUACCUGAUAACGGGAGGUAACGAGGAGGGCAACUUUGAAUUGGAUAGGCAAAAAGGUAUCAUUAAACUCCGCAGAAACCCGCUGCCGAAUCUGAAAGGGCCGCAGUACACGCUGAACAUUACUGCAGUAGAUGACAAUGUCUCGGGAGGACCCGCUCCCCUCAGCAGUUUUGCUGAGGUUAUUGUAGCAGUUAACGAUAUUAAUAACCACAAGCCUGUCUUCAGAGAGUGCGCUCGCUACAGUGACAGCACGUGGGUCCUGGAGAACCAGCCGGCGGGCACGGCGGUGCUGCGGGUGGAAGCCCACGACGCCGACCUGGGCCUCAACGGGCAGGUCAGGUACGGGCUCCUGCACCGCGACGGAGCUUCGCUGGGCUUCAGCAUCGACCCACGCACCGGGCUCAUCACAACCACGCGGAGCUUUGACCGGGAGCGGCAGAGGGAGCUGACACUCUGCGUGACGGCCACGGACCAGGCGCAGGAGCCGCUCACCGGCCUCUGCCGCGUCGCCCUCCUCGUUGCCGACGUCAACGACAACGACCCCAAGUUCGAAAACAGUCGCUACCAACAUUUCCUCCGCGAGGACACUCCAGUGGGGACGAGUUUCCUGCACGUCGUGGCUCGGGAUGACGACCAAGGUGUGAAUGCUGCCAUCACGUACUCGAUGCUGGAGCACCCUCUGGGAUACUUCCGGAUCAACCCCAGCACGGGCUGGGUGUCCUUAAACCGCCCGAUCUCCCAGGCGACGCGCGUUACCUGCUUCGUCGUCGCCACAGAUGGAGGCAACAGAAGCAGCACAGUGGAGCUCACCGUGGCCAUCACGGACGCGCUCAGUCAGCCUCCCCGCUGGGAGCAGAGCCCCUACUGGGUGACAAUCCCCGAAAACACCAUCCGUGACACCACRGUGGUGACAGUGAAAGCCACCUCUCCCCUCGGCGACCCCCGGGUGACGUACAGUCUGGAGGAGGGGCAGCUCCCAGAGACGAACAUGCCCGUGCGCUUCUAUCUGAAGCCCAACCGAGCUGACGGGUCUGCCUCUCUUCUGGUCUCUGAACCGCUCGACUUCGAGACAACCAAAUCCUUCACUCUGAGAGUCCGGGCACAAAACGUGGCCCUGACUCCUUUAGCUUCCUUUGCUACUGUCUAUGUCAAUAUAACGGAUGUGAAUGAUAACGUCCCGUUUUUCGUGUCUUCCACCUAUGAGGUGUCCGUGCCGGAAGGAGCUGCUGUCGGCACACCUGUGGUGCAGGUUGGAGCUACAGACCUGGAUUCUGGCCUACACGGAGAGGUUCGCUACUUAAUAUUGAAAGAUGCAAGUGAGGAUUACAAGUUCUUCACCAUGGAGCCCGAAACAGGAAUUAUUUCUACCCGCGCAUCUUUUGACAGAGAGAAAAGAGCCUCUUACUUGCUCGAAGUUCAGUCUCGGGACUCUUCCGAAUCAGCGAGACCUGGUGUUCAUGGGCAACCCAACAUGGACACGGCUUACGUAAGGAUUUUCAUCAGCGAUGUGAACGACAACGCUCCCGCCUUCCCUCAGGCCGUGUACGAGGUCAGUGUGGGCGAAGAUAGGGAGGUUGGGAGUCCUGUUCUGACUGCAACAGCAAAUGAUGAAGAUGAGGGUGCGAACGCCAGGCUGAGGUAYCAGAUCACAUCAGGAAACGUGGAAGGGGUUUUCGAUGUGGAGGCCGAGGCGGGCACCGUGGUCGUUGCGCAGAGCCUGGAUUACGAGCAGGAGCGGCGCUACGAGCUCCGCCUCGUCGCUUCCGACGGCCGGUGGGAGAACGAAACGCGCGUGGUGGUCACCGUGGAGAACAGGAACGACGAGGCGCCGGCGUUCGCCCGCAGCGAGUACCGCGGCAGCGUCCUGGAGGAGCGCGCGGACCUGCCCGCGCUCGUCCUCAAGGUUUCUGCAGAAGACCCCGACCAGGAGGCCGAUCAAAACGCCAUUAUCUACUCCCUGCACGGACAGGGGGCCGGCAGCGAGUUCAGCAUCGAUGAGAACACGGGCGAGAUCAGUGCAAACACGAGGCUGGACCGUGAGAAGCGCUCGACGUGGCGCUUCCUCGUGCUCGCGACCGACGAGGGUGGUGAGGGACUCACUGGCUUCGCAGACGUGAUCAUAGAAGUGAGGGAUGUGAACGACAACCUGCCCCUUUUCCUCUGUGUCUCAGAUGGUUGUUUCACAGGCUACGUCCCUGAGGGUUCCCCAGCAGACACCUCUGUUAUGGACAUGACAGCAGUGGACCUCGAUGACCCAAAGGCUGGUACAAAUGCUGUCCUAACAUACAGAAUCAUUCAAAAUGUCCAAAAUGAAAUAAAUCUGAAUUUGUUCUCCAUUAACUCGGUUAGUGGCACCAUCUAUACCAUGCUGGGGUCCCUGGACAGGGAGAAGGAAGACAGGUAUCUAAUAGUGGUUGAGGCUAGAGAUGGAGGGGGUCUCACGGGCACAGGCACAGCGACCAUCCUGGUGUCCGACGUGAACGACCACGCGCCCGUUUUCCUGCAGAGUGUCUAUACAGCCUUUGUCUCUGAGAAUGCCAGUGUUAAUACKGAGGUUGCAGUAGUGUCUGCCGUGGAUAAAGAUGAGGGAGAAAACGCCAUGGUGACAUUCAGCAUCCUCGAUGGGGACAACGAUCACAAAUUCUCCAUAGAGACAGAUAAAGUGAACAACUGUGGGCUGAUCCGGCUGCGAAAGCGGGUUGACUUUGAGAAGCCUCACGAGAGGGUCUUCAACUUGACCGUGAAGGCAGAGGAUAUGGAUUUCUUCAGCACUGCUCACUGCGUGGUCUAUGUGGAGGACUCGAAUGACCACGCUCCUGUCUUUCACCCCCAGUACUAUGAAGUGGCAGCGCUGGCGGAAGAUGUCCCGGUGGGCACCAAAGUUGUGCAGGUUUCUGCCGUCGACUUGGAUUCUGGCCUGAAUGGAAGGUUUUCCUUCCAGCUGCUGAGCCAGUCUGACCCGGGYGGCCAGUUCUCGGUGGCGGGGGACGGCUGGGUGGUGGUUGCAGGGCCGCUGGAUCACGAGGCCGUGACGCGCUACAGCCUCGUCGUUACCGCCACCGACAUGGGGCAGCCCCCUCUGACGGGCAGCGCCACCRUUUCGGUGACUCUGCAGGACGUGAACGACAACGGGCCCGAGUUCGAGGCUCCUUAUAACCCCGUGGUGUGGGAGAACACGGCAGCUCCGCAGGUCGUCCGCGUGAACGAGACCUCGACUCUGCUGUACGCGAAGGACCGCGACUCGGCCGCCCACGGAGCCCCCUUCUCCUUCCGCCUGCUGGGCGACGCCGCCGGCAGCUUCAGCUUGCAGGACCUGCGCAACGGCAGCGCCCGCCUCACGGCGCUGCGCUCCUUCGACAGGGAGGCGCACAGCGGCUUCCGCCUGCCCGUGCUCCUGGCGGACAGCGGGCGGCCGCCCCGGAGCUCCACCUGCACCCUCACCGUCACCAUCGGCGACCAGAACGACCACCCGCACUCCCCUGGCUACGUGGAGUGUCUCAUUUACUGCUACGAGGGUGUCCUCCCCACRACUGUACUGGGCCAGGUUCGUGCCCCUGAUGAUGAUGAGUGGGAUCACAAAAUCUACCAAUUUGAAGGAAAAACGUCAAGGUUCUUUAUCCUUGAUGAUAACUCAGGAUUGCUGACUAUUAAAGAAGGAACCCCGCCAGGAGUUUAUAAUAUCAGAGUUAGAGUCAUUGAUGGCGUCUGGCCAGAUGUGGUCUCGACUGUAAAGGUUACAGUGAAGGAGAUCAAAGGUGAUGCCCUUGAUAAUGCUGGAUCUAUACGAAUAAAAGAUAUCACUCCAGAGGAGUUCAUAUCCCAGCUCCCUGAAAAAGACAGUAAAUACCACCAGAUGAAGAAGCUCAUUGCAGAAAUCGUUUCGGCCCAACUGGAAAAUGUUCACAUUUUCAGUGUGUUAAAAAGCCCAAAUCAAACUCGAGGGAUUGAUGUUUGGUUUGCAGUUUAUGGUCCACCCUACUAUAAGGCAGAAAAACUGAAUGGCAAUGUAGCAGUAUCCAGAGCACGGCUGGAAAGCGCCCUGGACGUCGCCAUCGCGCAGGUCGGCAUCGACGCGUGCGCGGCCGCCAGCUGCGCGCAGAGCGCAGGCUGCGCGAGCAGGCCGGAGUGCAAAUGUCCUGCAAAUUUCCAUGGACCAGAUUGCCAGCAGACAAAACACAGCUUCAGAGGCCAUGGCUAUGCCUGGUUCCCUCCUCUGAAGCCUUGCUUUGAGAGCCGUAUCUCCUUAGAGUUCAUCACUGAUGUGGCUGAUGGCCUUCUGCUCUACCAGGGCCCAGUGGCACGAGGACAGCCUGGAGAAAAGGAAGAUUUCAUUGCAUUAGAGCUCUCGGCGGGUGUCCCGUCGCUGACGGUGAAGCACAGCUCUGGGGAGCUCCUCCUGCAGCUGUCACCAGACGUGAACGUUGCGGAUCACCGCUGGCACCAUAUCAAAAUCAUACACGACGGAAAGAAAGUGAAGCUGAUUCUUGACCACUGCAUAAAUGUCUCAGUUAGAGACAACAGCAGAGUCGCUAAGAAGAUCUCCCAAGUGGAUCUGGCUGCCUGUGAAGCCUCUGAAGAGACUAUGGGAAUUCAGAGCAUGCGUGAACUCUUCAGUGGUCACCAGCCCCUGCAGUUGGGUGGAGUUAAGAAGACUUUGCCUUUCCCCAGUUCCCAGCAGCGCUUCCAAGGUUUUGUUGGCUGCAUCCGCAAUGUCAUUGUUGACAGUAAGGUCUAUGAUCUGGAGCACCCUGCAGAGUCCCUGAACAGCUCCCCUGGGUGCAGCCUGACGGAUGAAAUGUGCCAGAGAGCCGGGCCAGCCGCCUGUGGCACCCACGGCAAGUGUGUGGCUGCCUGGGAUUCCUUUCACUGUGACUGUUCCCCAGGAUAUGCUGGACCAGCAUGUGACAAAGCCCUCCCGGAAUGGGCCUUCGGAAGGGACAGCUGGAUCCACUACGAGCCGAGCAGCAGCCCGAGCACCCGCAGCACCCACGUGCAGCUGAUGGUGCGCACCCGCAUCGCCCACGGCACCCUGCUCAGCCUGGCCGCGCCGCGCGCCGCCGCAUACGUCCGCCUGGAGGUGGCUGGGGGUUCCUUCAGUGUAAACUUCAGCUUGGAGGACAAAAACUACUCCCUGAGGCUGAGCACCUUGCGUAUAAACAAUGGCCAGUGGGUGCUGCUGACCAUGGAGCGCUACAACAACGAAUUCACCCUGCGCGUUAACGAUGGUGGAGGUGACCAAGAAGUGACCUCUGUCUUGGGCCCAAACAGGUGGUUUGAAAUGGAGUGGACAAGCAUCGUGCUAGGAAACCGCCUUCCCAACCUUUCGGAGAGUGAUUUCCAAGGCUGUAUGCGCGACGUGCGGCUGAACGGGCGCCCGCUGCUCGGGCAAGGCCAGAGCCCGGAGCUGGGCCCCGUCCGGAGGCGACAGGGCGUCACCAUGGGCUGCCACUCCACCGCCUGCAGCAGCCAGCCCUGCUACAGCCCCUUCUUCUGUGUCGACCUGUGGAGGAAGUACGAGUGCCGGUGUCCAGCUGGGAAGGUAGAAGUGACGGAUAACCUUACAGGGCUCAGACACUGCACCUCGUCGCCGUGUGGACACUGGACCUGUAGGAACGGGGGUACCUGCGUGGCCCAGUCCCCAGACAAGACUGUCUGCCAGUGCCCCGACGGGUACAAGGGGAGGUGGUGUGAGAUCAGCCAGGUGAAAGCAGGAAGACCGGUCGGCCUCAGCUCUGGCUCUAUUCUGGCAAUCAGCAUGUGCCUCCUUGUCUUCCUAGCUCUCUUGGUCUCCUACACAGUGUGGAGUCAGUGGGGAACCUCAGGGUUUCGAAAGGGAGGAAUUUACCACAUUCCUGAGGAGCGUGAAAGCUGGGAGGAUGUUAGAGAAAACGUCUUCAAUUAUAACGAGGAAGGAGGAGGAGAGCAUGACCAGGAUGCAUAUGAUAUAGAUGAACUAAAGAAACCUCUUCAAAAGGUUCCCCACCUCUCCUUGAGGGCAGCUGCUCUGCAUUCCAGGAGACCCAACGGCCCAAAGAGAGACUCGCUCCCAAAACGUUCCCAUCGAAAACAGCCAACAGCAGCUGUUACCAGCGUCCCAGAUUUCAAGGAAUAUGUAUCUCAAAUUGUCUGGAAUGCAGACAAUGAUCUACGGAGUCUUCCAGCUGACACCCUUCAUUAUUACUGCUUAGAAGGACAGGGCUCUGUGGCAGGGAGCCUUAGUUCCCUGGACUCCACUAGCGAUGAUGAAGAUCUAAAUUACGAUUUCCUCCAAGAGUGGGGGCCCAAGUUUGACAGGCUUAAAGAACUCUUCCAGCCCUCAGAGGGACAUUUGUGACAGGAGCUAAAGGAACACAGAGCAUUGCCUUGAUAUGUGGACACUUCUUUUACAUUAAAAUACGUUUUUUUUUUAAAUAUAUAUAUAUUUGAACUAAAUUAAGUUAUUUGAUGCAAACUUUUAGUAACAAUAGUAGGAAAUUCUCACUUUUUCUAGAAGUGACGAACUGAACAGUCUUUUCAUAUGCUCUGUAUAAAUAGUUAUUCAAAAAUAGAAGUUCAGAGGCUUUUAAUGUAUGAGUUUUCUUGAAAACAUUGAAAUGUAGAAUUUGUAUCAAAUAGUAUCAAAGCAAGUGUAGGAUUUCUAUCAAAUAUCAUAAUAAUAAUAGUGUAAUAAAACCCCUUUUCAUUUGUGUAGACCACAGUGAAUUACUAGAGCUGGAUGCAAGAACUUGAAUUAUCUGCUCACUAGUAUAAAUAUGAUUCCUAUCAUGUGGAUAGC